AUGUAUGACUUCGCGAUGGAAUCCCCGGAUAGUACGCCAAACUAUGAUAGCGACACAGCAAGCGAAGAACGACCAUCAUCUCAAACCCUCAACACCAAAAUACAGGCCAAGUUCCAAAUAGCUCGGCCGCCUCCGAAAUCAAGUCAACUACUUCGACUCAGUCCCAAACUACUCCUUCAAAUUCAACAACUCUCUCCAAUUCAUCGACCAGUGCCUGUACUAGAGAUAUGGCAACCCCCACUUCGCAAAUCAAAAUUGUCGAAAUGUUUCCCUCAACGCCCAAAGCUCGGCACAAAGGAUAUCUACGCCACACUCAAUGAGCCAUACAUCACCAAUAAGCAAGCAGAGGGACAAGAAAAUCCCCAAGAACAAGAUACAAAGUCAAAUGGUAUCCAAGAAAAAGACAUCGUCGCUGCAAUGUGCCAGCCGUCAAGCAACAACAACAACAACAACAACCCCACAUCAUCAAUUCACUUCCGUGACGCAAAAUGCAUCUGGCAAGCUUGUGCCAGCUCAGCAGGAUCUGAGAAAGGCACAUGUUACAGAUUCGUCAUCAAAAAAGAAGACACCACAGCCACCCCCGAGCAGGGUCGGAUGAUCAUGCAGUGGGAGAAACGGGCAGUCUCCGCAGAUGGAAACGGGGAAUCCGGGUCUACGGAUAGUGAACACUUCGUUCUAGUGGCAAUUGACCGCAAGGCGCGUCGGAAGAGUCGCAUUGCUACUAUGACUCCAGGUGGGCUGGAGAUCACCGUGAGGAAGAGUUCGAUCUUGGAUCAUCUUCGGACUUGUUUGGCAUUGACGGAGCCGGUUUCUGAGGGCUCCGCGGAUUUGGAGACUUGGUUGUACACUCUUGUGUUGACAUUGGGAGCUUCGGUGGCUUCACAAGAAGGCUGGUUGGGUUAA